AUGCCAGUCGCCAGGACCCCGUCGCGCCCUCCCUGGCGCAAAUCCGCUGGCUGUCCAGCGUCACCACGCGGUCGCCGCGACGAUCUCCGCAAAACACAGGCCGUGCAAACCGAGCUGAGCGCAGCAGCAGGCGAGCCCACAGACGAGCCCACACAAACCCGCCCCGUAGCCGACAGCACAGGAGCGCUGCCGCGACGACCUGCAUUUAUCCGGCAGUGCAAAGUAUGUAAAAUUAACACGGAAAAAAAUAUUCUCAUCGAAAUGGCCACGCCCAAGUACUUCAAAGUGACGCAGUUGCGGUCCGCGAUCGCGCUGCCCCAAAAAAAGAAGGAGACGCUGCUCAGACUUGGUCUCCGUCGCAGACACCAGACCGUUUUCCACAGAAUAUGUCCGGAGCAGGCCGGUAUGAUAGCCACGGUCAAGGAGCUGGUGAAGGUGGAGCUUGCCGACGAGAUGCUCACCAAGGACGAGAUGAGAGAGCAGAGGAAAUCGGACCCGGGCUUCACGAUCGAAAAGGCCGCUUCCAGAACUGUUUCCACGUCAAAUUAA